AUGGAGUUGGAUCAGGUCAAACACACAAUAAAGCAGUGGGAGCGACUGUUUUCGAAGAAAAAUGGACGUCCACCUCUGAAAAAAGACGUCCGAAGCGAUCCCACAGUUCGUCUCCUUUACCAGACCUAUAAUGAGCUCAAACAUGGGAAGCCAAGCAAACAUGAACAAACCGGGACCCCUCACAAACUGCAACCGGUACUUUUGCCGGAUGAAAUCGGCCCUACUCCCCAGGCUAACGGCCGAGUGCUUUCGAUAUUUGACCACCAUUUGACCCCUCCAGCAUCGCUGCCUUCCAACCCUUUUGGUAGCCCAUCCAUGACCACCCCCACAAAGUCAAGUACCACCACCAUCACCACCACUGAGGUUUCCACUUCAGGAUCAUUGAUGGACAAGCUUUUGGCGGUGGCAUCGCCCCAAAAGUCAAGCCCCAUCAAGCAUCUGGCAUUCUCUCCGGUCAAGUCUCUCCGCACUCCCACUAAGCCGACAGUGGCAUUCUCAGCUACUCCGUCCCCAAUGAAGCCUCAGCGGCUUGUGGGUAGACUCACUAAGGUAUUUAUGGAAGCCACCAGUGCUCCUAUCCCCGAAAUUGAUGAUGAGGACUUGGUUGCAGUGACUGCGGCUGUUGAAGCACUGCUGGCUGAACAAUCCACCACUGAAGAAAGUCAACCGGAUCGGAAGAAGGUCAAGACACAGAAGCGAACCACGAGAAACUGGAAGAUCAAGCCCCGAGGAGUGGAUGAAGCUCCUGACACUCUAGCGGGCAAGAACCUUCAAGAAGAGCUCCGAAAACUUGCUUCACAAACUCAUUCAGUGGACACGACCUCGCCCACCGCUAAACGCAAACUUGAACUGGUGCGUGAAGUUCGGGAUAGUGAUGACGAAUCUUCCGAGGAGGAAAAUCAGGAGCCGGUGGUUUAUAAACGUCCACAUGUGGAAAAUGGCAUUGCUCCGAUGUCUUACAACUUUCAACGGGCCCGCAUUAAUGAUCCUCGCAUAGCCAAAUUCAAACGACGCGUUCGUCGCUGA